CCAGCCAGGCUGAUGGUGUGUCUUCUUGGAAGUCUCUCUACACUUCAAAAAUCUACUUCCAGGAGACAUUAACAACGGGCCUUUGUUUGCUGACAGCAAAGUAAGACCAAGAAACUGGGACCCUAAUCUUUCAGAUGUCUUUUCUAACCCCAGAAUUCCUGGUGUGGUAUUCAAUCAAUUGCUAAUGCUUGAAUUAUACAACAUAAAGAACAUUGGAUUAGCAAAAUAUUAUCUAGCCAAUGCAAUGUGCUCAAUUGUUAAAAACCAGCUUCUGCCGCUUGGCGCGGUCCCUGGUUCGGGCGGGCGGUUGCCGGGACAGGAGCUUGUCCCGGGCUACUUGCCCUCGGGGCUCCCCAUGGAGGAGACUUAGCGCUCGGCUGCAGCCCCGGAUGCUCGCACCUCCCACUGGACGGAGAUGGAGGCGCUGGGCCCGCGAGCACAGAGGAGGUCGGCCCCCUCGGCCUGUGUGAGCGGCCAUGACCCGAGGGAAGGCCGCUGCGUGGUCGCCAGCCCGCGGGAUUGGGAAACCGCCUCCUCGCCUCCAGCACCGGCCUCUCGGUCCUGUGAUCCCUGUGAUCCCUGUGACUCCCAGGCGCCUCUUCAAUCACAAGCGCCAUGAGCCCGGGGGUGGGAAGUAUGACUUCUGCAUCGGCCUGGGCCUGGCUAUGAGCUCCAGCAUCUUCACUGGAGAGAGCUUCAUUUUGAAAAAGAAAGGCCUUCUGCGACCGGCCCGCAAAGGCUCCACGAGAGCAGGUCAAGGUGGCCAUGCAUAUCUUAAAGAAUGGCUGUGGUGGGCCGGACUGCUCUCCAGGGGAGCCGGUGAGGUGGCCAACUUCGCUGCUUACGCCUUUGUCCCAGCCACGCUCGUGUCUCUGCUGAGAGCGCUCAGCGUCCUCGUCAGUGCCACUCUGUCUUCAUACUUCCUCAAUGAAAGGCUGGAUCUUCAUGGGAAGAUCGGGUGCUUGCUGGGCAUUCUGGGCUUCAGGGUUAUGGUCAUUCAUGCGCAGAAGGAAGAGGAGAUCGAGACGUUAAACGAGAUGUCACACAAGCUCGGGGAUCCGGGUUUUGAGGUCUUUGCAACCAUUGUGGUCAUUGUGUCCUUGAUACUAAUCUUCGUGGUGGGACCCCGCCAUGGACAGACGAACAUUCUCGUGUACAUCACGAUCUGCUCUGUGAUCGGAGCGUUUUCCGUCUCCUGUGUGAAGGGCUUGGGCAUAGCGAUGAAAGAGCUGUUUGCUGGCCAGCCUGUGCUGCAGCACCCCCUGGCCUGGGCCCUGCUGUUGAGCCUCGUGGUCUGUGUGAGCACGCAGAUCAACGACCUGAACAGGGCCCUGGACAUAUUCAACACCUCCCUCGUCACCCCCAUCUACUACGUCUUCACCACCUCCGUGCUGACCUGCUCAGCUAUUCUCUUUAAGAAGUGGCAGGACAUGCCUGUGGACGACAUCAUCGGCACCUUGAGUGGCUUCUGCACCAUCAUCAUGGGGAUUUUCUUGCUGCACGCCUUCAAAGACAUCAGCUUCAGCCUAGCCAGCCUUCCCGUGUCUUUCCGAAAAGAUGAAAAAGCGAUGAACGGCAAUCUCACUAACAUGUAUGAAGUUCUUAAUAAUAACGAAGGAAGUUUAACCUGUGGUUUUGAACAGUACACUGGGGAGAAUGUCUCCUGAAGAAAUGGAAACCUGACAGCUUUUUAAGAAAGCAAGAAUCAAAAGUUGAUCAUUGUUGUUAUAAAGUGAAUUUGAGAAGCAGAAUGUGUCGGGGAAAGCAGUAUUCUCAAAUAAUGCUCUCCAGAGACAAUCUUUUUUAAGGUUUCACUAAUUUGGACCAAGAAAUUACUUUUCUUAUAUUUAAAUGAUGGUAGCUCACUAAAAUAACCUCAGUACCUGGCCAAUUUUUGUUAACACUGUAUUAUUGUAGCAGUAUUAAAAUAUUUCUUUCAC